UCACUAUGCCAGUUGCUAGCCAGUGAGCCCCAUUCCCCCCAUAUGCCCGGACCUGAGUGCCAAAGUGGAAGACUCCGUGCCUGAGCUGAGAGCUUUGCGGACACCCCCAACUUUUUGAAACCCUCUGAUGCCCCAACUCAGGGACUCCUCCUGUGGUGCCUGACGUCAAUUAAUGUGAGCUUCCUCUAGCACCAUCACAGCCUCCUUCCACCAUGGCCAUGAGAGCUGCCUACCUCUUCCUGCUGUUCCUGCCUGCAGGCCUGCUGGCACAGGGCCAAUAUGACCUGGAACCACUGCCCCCGUUCCAGUACACCCAAUACAGUGACCAGAUUGACAACUCUGACUACUAUGACUAUCAAGAGCUGAGUUCUCGGCCUCCUGAGGAGCAGUUCCAGUUCCAGUCCCAGCAGCAAGUCCCACAGGAGGUCAUUCCAGCCCCCACCCCAGAAUUGCCAGAUCCAGGGAAUGCAGAGACAGAGCCCACUGAGCCUGGGCCUCUUGACUGCCGUGAGGAACAGUACCCAUGCACCCGCCUCUACUCCAUCCACAAGCCCUGCAAACAAUGUCUCAAUGAGGUCUGCUUCUACAGCCUUCGCCGGGUGUAUGUUGUCAACAGGGAGAUCUGCGUCCGCACGGUCUGUGCCCACGAAGAGCUCCUCCGAGCUGACCUGUGUCGGGACAAAUUCUCCAAAUGUGGUGUGAUGGCUGUCAGCGGCCUGUGCCAAUCCAUGGCUGCCUCCUGUGCCAGGAGCUGUGGGGGCUGCUAGGGCGGAGCUGCUGCCUUGUCUGAGCACAGGACCCUGCUCGGAUGGGCCUCAGACCCUGCCUGACCUGGUGCUUUCUCCUGCCCUGCCCUCUCUCUCGUCCUGGACAAUCAGUGGGCUGACUGAGAUAGCCAAAGCUGUCUCAAGCCCCUCCUCAGCCUGUGACCACUCCUGGGCAGUGGGGGCUACUGACCACCCAGUCUCCAGACCCUGAGUGAGGGCAUCCAAGGCCUCUGUGGGGCCUGGGCCCCCUGAAGUGCCUUCUCAGUGCCUCUGAGGACAGUACUCCCUUUUUAGACCCCCAAGGCAGACUGUGCCCCUCACCCCAGCUGGCUGGCUUGGGUUUCCAGCCCCCGGGCAUGGACCACCUUUGUUUUAUACAAAAUUAAAGGUUUUUACAAAAGA